CGGUGCAGAAGCAAAAUGGCGACGACCAUGGCUCAAUCAGCUGCCGCACCGCUUACAGGACCGUGCUAGUGACGAUGGAGCAAAUGUUACCUGUGUGGCACAGCGCUGUAUUUUUGCAAUGAAGUGGUCAUUCGUAGUUUGGCACAUAGCAUCCAAAACGUUGAACGGCAAGUGUCGUUCGACCAGCUGGGUAGCUUGCCGUUGUAUUCACCUCUGCAGGGCGAACAGAUUCCUGUUUCGCAAAAAGGAUACUGAAAGUCGCCUUACACUCAGAGAAGAUUUAUUCAAGAACGAGAAAGGCCGAGACCGCAAGGCUUUUGUGGAUGUGGUUGAACGUUUUAAAUUGGGAAAUAUCAACAGGAAAGGACACGUAGAAUUCAUAAAUGUAGCUACUAAGUAUUUACAAGACUUCAACGUGCACAAGGACGUCAGCAUUUACAAGAUGCUUUUUGACCUGUUCCCAAAAGGGAGGUACACUCCUAGAAAUUUGAUUCAAGCUGAGUUCAUGCAUUAUCCGUACCACCAAGAGUGCGCAGUUUCACUGCUAGACACAAUGGAAGAACACGGUAUUUGUCCUGACCGAGAGUUUCGCCAAAUGGUGCUCCACACGUUCGGAUAUAACAGCGAGGUUUUCAAGAAACAUGCCCGCAUGAUGUACUGGAUGCCCAAAUUCAAGCACAUGAGCCCAUACCCUUUGCCAAACCCGAUCCCCAAGGAUGCCUUUCUUCUAGCUCGUCUGGCUGUUGAGCGAAUGGCCGUUGAUCUACAGACAAAGGUCACCACCUAUGAUGCCAGCCAACUGGAGGAUGCCUUGCACAAAACGUGGGUGGUCAGCGGCCAGAGCCCAGAGCAGAGGCAACUCAUAAGCAAACAUCCUGGGGACAAGCCACUGCGCAUUGAGGGUCCCUUCACGAUCUAUCUCCGUGAGGCACCAAUCUCAUAUUUCGUCCUCCGGGCGCCUCCCCAGCCAUCUGAAAUACUUGAAGUCAAUGCCGAUGAUGUUUCAAAUAUCAAACUGGCCAUGUUUGGUGAAGCGCGAGAGAUGGAGACUCCGUCGACAGUUCACGAGCAAGAUGAUGGAAUCAUUCUUGGUUUGUGUGUGACUGGUACAUCCAGUAGAGACUCUCUGCUCUCGUGGCUUCGAUUUCUGCAAGAAGAAAAUCCCAGGCUCAAGGAGAUUCCGGUUGUGUUCACACUACGUGCACCCAGCGAACAGCUUGUCCCACUUAGCAGCCCUAAUUGAUGCCCUUUGCUUGAAAGUUCUUGAAAUAGGCCCACACUUAGGUAGUAGGUUCUCUACAGUUCUUUUUUAUGGAGUGCAGAGAAAGCGAAAUAAAUUGUUUUUGUUUUUA